AUGAUUUUACCCAUUGCAAUGUGUUUCCUUCGAUGCUGUGUUGAUGUAGUAUCUCAUGCUGAAGCUGAGUUGGAGAGAAGAUAUAAUCAACACUGUGUUGAAAUUGGAGUAAAAACAAACAAUAAAUAUUUGAAUUAUUUUUCAGAUAAACCUCAAGUAAAGAAGAAAGAAGAAAAAGAGAGAGAAUAUGUUUUAGACCCAAAGCCUCCUCCACUCACACUUGCUCAGAAGUUUGGUUUGGUAGAUGCCCCUGAACAACCUCUCACGGAGACAGACUGGAAAAAAGCUAAAGACAAAUCUAACAAAAGAGAUGAUUCUAAAAUGCCAUGUGUAAUAUGUAAGGAGGACUUUGGCACACAAGAACAGGUGCUUCUGUCCUGUACUCAUGUCUUUCACAGGGCAUGUUUGCAAGCUUUUGAGAGGUUUACUGGAAAGAAGACAUGUCCAAUGUGCCGUAGAGAACAGUAUCAAACAAGAGUUAUUCAUGAAGGAUCAAGAUAUCACAGACAUAAAUGUGCUACAAUGAUUCAAGCGAACUGGAGGGGUUAUGUAGUUCGAUGUAUGUACGUUAAACUGAGGGAAUCUAAUCCGCCAAAAGAUCCCAAAUUGAGGCAGAAAUUCUAUGAAGAAAAGCUACACAAGAUCACAGACAGAAUGGUAAGGUCAUGUGACUUUGAUGUACACAGCUUCCUGAGGGAAAUGGAUCAGAGUUUAGAAGCUAGCCGUAAUGUUUUCAGAGAUUUUGAUGCAAGAUUUCAGCAGAUUUCUGAGGAGGAAUGGGAAGCUAUACAGCUUAAGGUAACAUUGAAUUUAUGUUGAAAAGCAU